UCGACGAGUAUAAAUAAAUCUAGCAAAUGUAAUCGUAAUCAUUAAUAUUUAGUGAUGAAAUUGCUAAUAAUCAUUUUUGCUUUGGCAGCUGCUGUAAAGACGGAUGAAACAUUAUAUUUUAAAAACUACCAUGAUGAUAUCGGAGUACCCCUCGCGGCUAAAAUCAAGACUCGCGAAGAAAGUAUAGACUUCGAUGGCUCCAGGAUCACUGGAGGAAAUGGCGUUACCCUUGGCACUCAUCCUCACUUCGGUGGAUUGGUCAUCUCUCUAAUGGACGGCCGCACUUCCGUUUGUGGAUCAACUCUAUUGUCCAACACCCGCGCCGUCACCGCAGCUCAUUGCUGGUGGCACGGCAACGUUUGGGCCAACCAAUUCGUCGUCGUCUAUGCUUCCACCCAGCUCUUCUCCGGCGGCCUCCGCAUCAGAACUAGCUCUGUCGUCGUCCACGCUAAUUUCAACCACAACAACUUGAACAAUGACGUCGCUGUUAUUAGCUUUGGAUGGAUUAGUUACACAAACUGGAUCGAACCCGCCUUUCUUCCUAUAAACCAUGGCUAUCACACAUUCGUCGGCACCUGGGCUUGGGCUGUUGGUUUUGGCGCGACCGGUGACAAUGACACCAUCAACAACAGCCAGUCUUUGAACGAAGCCUCCCUGCAAGUUAUUGACAGCUCGGAAUGCGCCAGGAUCUAUGGAACUUCUGUGGUUACCAACUCGGUACUCUGCGUUAGUGGUCAGGGUCGGAGCAUCUGCAAUGGGGACGAUGGAGGACCAUUGUGGAUUUGGCACAUCAACCAGCGAUUACUGUUUGGUUAAUCUUGUUUCAGAUCGGCAUUGCGUCCUUUACCCACGAAAGAGGCUGCCAGAACAAUUACCCUUCAGGUUUUGUCAGGGUCACCUCUUUUGUCUCCUGGAUCCAAGCUCGGCUGUGAUCGAAUCGCUCACCAUUAUCUGAGUCUGUUCCUGGUCAUUUAGAUAUCCUUCAUUCUAUAAAUCGACAGAAAACAUUGACAGAACACUUAAUAAAUAGCAAAAAACAAAG